AUGAAUAAACCUAAACGAACACCAACAUUAGAUUCAUUUGUUAUUAAAAAACCUAAAAAUACAUCAAUAAUAUCAUCAGAUCCAAAUAUAAAUCAGGAUGAAGAAGCAACAAAAAAUGUUAUAUUAGAUGGUAAUAUCGUCAAUGUCAAUCAAUAUAUUAAUAUUGAUAAUGUAAAUGAAACAACAACACCACUUGUUAGUCUUGAAAAUAAUCUGUUAUCUAUUGGAGGUGAUGAUGAACGUAUUGAUAUUAGGGUUCAAACAUCAAAUUAUGAUUAUGGUAUUUGUGAGAAAGAAAAUGCAUGUGGUCGUUCCGCAGCUGCAUCAACAGAUAUUAUUGGUUGUGAAAAAUUAAUUAGUAAUCUUUUAUCUUUGAAAAAAGCUAAAGAAAACAUUGAUAUUCUUUUAACAAUGUUUAAAUCCACAAAUAAUUCAAAAGAAUCAUGUGCACACGAAACAUAUUCAUUUUCUAAUGAUGUAUUAAAAAUUGUUAGUGAUUUGAGAGUAUAUUGUGAAACAUAUCUGCUUGAAUGUGUUAAUAAUCGUCCUCUUGUUUCCAAUUCAUUACCAACAUAUUUACAAAGAGAUCCUGGUGCUUAUCCAAAUUUACCACGAUUUAGUAGUGAUGAAUUGAAGCAUCUCAUUGCACUUGGAUCUUAUCAACCACGUCUCUCAACAUAUCCUAAAUCAAAAAGAACGAAAAAAGUUGAAAAUGGUGAGAUAAGCGUAGAGGUAGAUUUGAGAAAAACAACAAGUUUUCAAGCUAGAUGGUAUGAUGAUUAUCCAUUGAUUGAAUAUAGUAUUUUAAAAGAUCGAAUCUAUUGUUUCGUCUGUCGUUUAUUUGGGCAUGGCCCAGGAGCACUUUGUGCUGAUCCUGCUUGGACAACUAAUGGAUUGCAACAACGGACUAAGAUGAUAGGGAAAGAUGGUAAAUUGAUUAAACAUUUUCAAUCGAAUGUACAUAUUUCUGCUCAUCAACGUUUACAAAUGUUUAAAAAAGAAGAGUCACAUGUUGAUAUUCAACUUGAUAAGGAACGUAUUUAUGUUAAUCAUCAUCAACAAGGAUUAUUAAAAUUAAAUCGUUAUAUUAUUUCAAGUCUUUUUGAUGCAACAAAAUUCUUAGCACGUCAAUCAUUAAGUUUUCGUUCUGAAGUUGAAUCCGAAGGCAACUUCAAUCAAAUUGUUUCAUUACUACGACGUUAUAAUAAUACAACUGAUCAAUGGUAUAAAGAUAAAUCUACAAGAAGCUAUCGAGUUACUUAUUUAAGUAAUGAUGCUCAAAACGAGUUUAUAUCAAUUAUUGGUAAAGCUGUACAUGAUUCAAUUAUCAAUCGUUUAAAUAAAAGUUUAUUUUGGUCUGUAAUGGUUGAUAGUACACCAGAUAUUUCUCAUAAAGAUAUGAUAUCAGUCAUCGUUCAAUUUGUUAAUGAAGAUGAUCAAGCUGAAGAACGAUUAUUAAGUAUUCACGAAAUAAAAAGUAAAACCGGAAAAAAUAUAGCUGAUAAUAUGCUGCAGGUAUUUGCUAAACUUGGUCUUGAUAUUAAUAAUACAAAACGUUAUUCAGUUUUAUGUGAUAUCUAUUCAACGUCAAUGAAUGAAGAUGUUUUAUCAGUGAAAAAGUCAACAGAUACUCGUUGGAGUUCACAUUAUAACAGCAUUAUUGCAAUUUAUGAAUCAUUUACUGGAAUUAUUCAUGUACUUGAUGAAUUAUGUAAUGAUAAUGAUAAAAUCACAAAACUUGAAGCACGUGUUAUUUAUGAAAAACUUGUUUCAUAUGAAUUUUAUUGUAUAUUGUUAUUUAUAAAACAUUUGAUAUCUAUAACAAAUGCAUUAACAAUAACAUUACAAGAUGAAAAUUUAGAUAUAUUAUUAGCUAUAGAUACAUUAACAAAAACUAUUUGUUUAUUAUAA